CACACACACACACUUUUCCUCCCUCCUUUCUCCUUCUCCCUUCUCCACUCUUCUGUUUCCACCUCCUCCAUCCAUCCAUCCCUCCAUCCGUCCAUCCAUCUAUCCAGGCAGCCUGUCUGGACUCGACACCUCCUCCCUCCUUCCUCCUCCUCUUUCUACGGCAGAACAGCGGAGGAGAAAAAACUAAUAUUUUACCAGUGAUAAUAACCACAGCAGCGUCCGUUCACAUGCGCGCACAGAGACAGAGGGAGAGGGGGGAUCAUCAGCUCUGCAGCAGCGGAUCGCUCGGCUGUCAGACGCAGAGGAAUGAUAAUUAGAAAGAGAUUGACUCGGCAACAAGAAGAAAAAGAGGAAGAAGAAGGAGAAGGAAGAGGAGCUGGGCCUGCAGCAGCAGCAGCAGCAGCAGCAGCAUUGAGGCGAGCAGAGGAAUACAUGAAGGGAAAGAAGGAGGGAUUGAAUUGAUCACAAUCUGAUCAAGAAGAGGAGGAGAGGAAAAACGGCGGAGCAGCAGUUGUGUGGUUUUUUUUUCGGAGGGAGAUGAUGGUGACAGCAGCAGCGGAGGAGGAGAUAGAGGGAUGAGCAGGGAUCAAUAAUCCUCCCUCCUCCUCCUCUUCCUCCUCCCCCACCUUCAUCCCUCCAUCACCUCUGCAGGAGCCGCUGAAACCUAAGGAUCUGGGUAUGCCAUCCAGUGGAAAGAUAAUGACCGUGAAUCCCAGAUGCCUCGUCGUAUCCAGGAAGAAGACAAACGUCUGACAUGACAUUUAACCUUUGCGCAUCACUUCCUCUGACAGACCGACUGCAGGACGACAGGCUGAUGCCUGCAGAUGAACCCAUGGACCAGGAAGAGGUGACGCUCUCCUCUUCCAUGUUUGUCAGAAGAUGAUCUUCGACGGACAUUCCAUUUUCAUUUCGUGGAGCUUUGCGUUGUUGAUUUCCCUGGGUUUGGUUGCAGGCUGUUUUGUUGAUGGAGAGGGUCUGAACUGAAUUCUCUUUCCCUGCUCAGAAAACUCUUGACUUGGAGAAUUACCGCAGGGGUUUUGACCCUGGGAUUUUAUUAUGAGGCACAACAGGGGAGCCAGCUGUUAGUCAGCUUGUUUGGGAGUUUGUACAAGCUUUUGCAGACUGCAUUUCUGCUGGAAAAACACUCGUAUUGGAUGCAGGGAAAAAAACAUCACUUGUACCACUGGUGCUGGACAAGCUUCCGUCGCUCAACAAUGAUAAGGUGCAAUAUCUUUGACACAGAGGGACAAAUAAAGCCUCCGUCAGUGAAGUUCUUCACACCUGCUUUCUGGAAACCAAUGUUCUGAUCUUCUGCAUGGAGUGUAAAGAGUGGAUACAACUGACUCACUGACAAACAGAAAGACUUUUUUUGGGGGGGGAAGACAAUCCUUUCUUUAUAUCUGUCCUGUUUUUAACCGUCAUGGGUCUGAACCUCAGCAGAAACGCCUGACUGAACCAGGGGAUGGUCGACGACUCGAUAAACCUCUCUGAUUGGAGCCAGCGAGGACGAGGUCCAUCUUGAUCUUCGAAUCAGAACUCAAAGAAGAAAAAGUCCUCUCCCCCCCACUUACCUCUGGUGGGGGGGAGGGUGAAGGGUAGUUUAGUUUUUAGGGUGUAGGGCUUAGGGCCAUAGGGAAUAGUUUCGUAGUUAUUUAGACGUUAGGUUUUAGGUUGUAGACUAGAUAGUAGAGUACAUAGUAAGGCUCGGUGGCCAAGUUAGACAGGAUUGAGUCCAGUUUCUUCUUUUGUUUUGAGUCUUAUUCAGUUGUGCUAGCCUGCUAGCUCAUUUACCUGUGUCACCAAUCUACCAGCCCCUGUGAUAUCUAACACUCAGCGAGUUAGCCUUUGGCUCUGCACCAGCUGUAGCUGUGACUCAGGCAGCAUUUCAUCCAGUGCAGACGUUUAGCAUUUAGCCUCAGUGCUAGCUACAACCUGGAUCUAACCAACUGUAACAGCCAACAGCAUUCAGGCUCUGUAGUUUAGAAUUUAGAAUUAGUGAACCUUGGUCACCUUGAGUAUUUCCCCAGCGGUUGUUUAGCUUGAGGUUCCCUAGCCAUUAGCCUUUGUGCUAACCCUCAGACCAGCUAGUCAUGGAUGCUAAUCAAGGCCCAGGUCAGGGCAGCCCAGAAAGCCCCAACCGGGCAGUGGAGUACCUUCUUGAACUCAACAACAUCAUCGAGAGCCAGCAGAAGCUUCUUGAAACUCAGCGGCGCCGAAUCGAGGAGCUGGAGGUCCAACUGGACCGGCUCAGCCAGGAGAACAAGGACCUGCGUUUGGACCGGCAACCUGUCGCUCCUCCUCCACCUGCUCCUCCCCCCGAGCCUCCUCUCCCUCCUCCUCCUCCGCCGCCUCCUCCGACUCAGACCAUGUCGACGUCCAUUUCCACCAAGAACCACCACCACCACAACAGCCAAUACCAGGCUCCUCCCCAGCCUCCCUCCUCCAUCCCCCUCCACCACAGCCACCACCACCAGUACCACCAGCACCACCACCACUCCUCCUCCACCCACCAUUCCUACAACAGCUCCAAUAGCACCAGUACAACAGCGAUCCCAGUUCCUGCCCCGGCUUCGGCCCCACCCUCCAUCUCGAUCCCCACCCAGAUUCCAGCUCCAGUCUCCUCCCCAGCCCCGGCUCCACCUCCCCCUCCUCCGAUCCCGCCCAGGGAUCAGCCGCGGGCCCACAGCCGGCUGACCCGAGUGCCCUCCACCAGCACUGGCACCAACACCAACUUCGUGGAGAAAGAGAAGGAGAGGCUCGAGCGGCUGCACAGAGCGAACGCCUCCAACAACCACCACGCCCACACCCUCCACCACCACAAAUCGUCUUAUUCCUCCUCCACCUGUUCUGCUACCACCACCUCUUGUCGUUCCUCCAACAACCCUACUAGCAUCACCACUCCUUCCUCCACCUCCUCCUCCUCCUCCUCCUCUCUCUACUCCUCCAGCCUACCUCCUAACAGCCACGCCACCUACCAUCAGUACUGCUGUCCCGCGCGCCUCCGCCUGCCCAAGCCUCCCUGCGCCCUGCCCCCCGCCAAGCACCACGAGCAGGCAAGUGUGGAGGGCGACUCUCAGUGUCCGGAGGCACUCACUUUCUCUGAUUCGUCCUUCGGCCACCCGCCUCCCUUCCAUCGCUAUAGCAACACCCCCCUCUCCAGCCCCUGUGACCCCUACAGCUCCGCCUCCACCAGCGGGCCCUUGGGAGCCUCCCACACACACACACAGGGUAGCUCUCCCAUCUCUCCCCCCAGCCCGGCGAGCCUUGCCUGGGCUCAGCGCAGCCGACACCAGCCGGCCAGCCUGGCGCUCCGCAAGCAAGAGGAGGAGGAGAGCAAACGCUGCAAGGCUCUAUCUGACAGCUAUGAGCUCUCUACAGACCUCCAGGACAAGAAGGUGGAGAUGCUGGAGAGGAAGUACGGGGGCCAGUUUGUGUCCCGGCGGGCGGCAAGAACCAUCCAGACGGCGUUCAGGCAGUAUCGCAUGAACAAGAACUUCGAGAGGCUUCGCAGCUCCGCCUCGGAGAGCAGGAUGACUCGCCGCAUCAUCCUGUCCAACAUGAGGAUGCAGUACUCAUUUGAUGAACGUCAGCCGCAGGGUCAGGGGUCAGCAGGUCAGCAGGGCUCAGACGACACAGGAGACAUGGACGACUCCUUCUCCAAGCAGGUAAAGUCUCUGGCCGACUCCAUGGACGACUCCCUCACCUGCCAGUCAGGCCGCGAAGACUCACAGGAAGCGGGAGGAGAAGGAGAGGAGGACGACGAGGAGGACGAGGAAGAGGGAGAUGAAGAAGAGGAAGAGGAGGAGGAGGAAGGGGAGGAGGACGAGGAGGAAGACGAGGACGAGGAUUACAGAGAGUGCGCAUGGCGCAACACCAACGCAUCUGCCCGACGCGUGGCAGGCCGGGCCGUAGUGGGAGGAGGGAGAGGAGGCGUGGGAGGAGGUGCCGCCAUGCACGAGGACAGCACCGCCACCUCCUUCAGUGAUGUCACCCUCUACAUGGACGAGGGCUGCCUCCCCUCCUCACCGCUCUCCCGCCCGCCAUCCUCGCCGCUGUCCCGCCCCGCCUCCAGCUCUGACACAGAGUACUGGGGAGGAGGCGGAGGAGGAGUCGCAGGGGGGAGGGAGGACAGCAGAGAGACAGAGGGAGGCAGCAACACCAGCCGGAGGAGCAGCACCCCCUGCACAGAGUGUCGAGGGGAGUACAGAGGAAGGGCAGGAGGAGGAGGGGGACACCUCCCUGUCCUGACCAUCGAACCACCCAGUGACAGCUCAGUGGACAUGAGUGACAGGUCAGAGCGAGGCUCUAUCGGGCGCCUGGUGUAUGAACAGGAGUCGUCAGGAGCCGAACGAGGAGGAGGAGAGAGGGAGAGGAGGGGAGGAGGCGAAGGAGAGAGUGGAGAGGAUGAGCGAGGAGGAGGAGGAGGUGGAGGAAGCAGCGAGGCCGACUCUCCACAGGGAACAAUCAAACACAAACCAAACGGCCGCUCUGUCGCCACGGCGCAGGGACAAACUCGCAGCCCCGCCAACGUCCCCUUACCGAUGCCUUCAGCCCGGGCCCUGCCGUCACACCCGCUCCCCCACCCACUCCAACACUCACACCCCCACCCCCACCCAUCGCCCAUCCCCCACUUACCCACCAUCCUCCACCACCACCCGCAGUACAGCCAGCCACACAUCAUGCACAUGCACCACGUGCACGGCAGCAGCCCUUACAUCCAGCACGCUCACCACUUUGCCCAACACCACUACCACCACCUGCACCACCAACACCACCACCUCCCCCACACCUACCCAGAGCCCCCCUCCUCCCCGCUGCCCUCCCCUGUACCACCACUCACACCUCUCUCACCCCUGCCGCCGCCGCUCACGCCCUCGCCGCUGUCCUCCUCCUCUUCCUCUGCUCUCCAGAACAUGGAGGCGCAGCAGCAGCAGCACCACGCCCACCACCCCCACCUCCACCACCACCAUCUGCUCUGCUCAGAUGGAGACAACGAGAGCGUCAACUCCACCACCACCAACUCUAACGACGACACGACGGUCAACAACUGCAGCUCCGGCUCCUCGUCACGUGACAGCCUGCGGGAGCCAAUUGGAGGAGCGACGCUGGGGAAACAGACCUAUCAGAGAGAGAGCCGCCACAGCUGGGAUUCUCCCGCCUUUAACAAUGACGUGGUGCAGCGGCGGCAAUACCGCAUCGGACUCAAUCUGUUCAACAAGAAGCCGGAGAAGGGGAUCCAGUACUUGAUCGAGAGGGGCUUUGUGUCGGACACACCGGUGGGCAUCGCCAGGUUCAUCCUGGAGAGGAAAGGACUGAGCAGGCAGAUGAUCGGAGAGUUCCUCGGCAGCCGGCAACAGUUCAACAAGGAUGUCCUCGACUGUGUGCUGGAUGAGAUGGAUUUCUCGGGGAUGGAUCUAGACGACGCUCUGAGGAAGUUCCAGGCUCAGAUUAAAGUUCAGGGUGAAGCUCAGCGGGUGGAGCGACUGGUGGAGGCCUUCAGUCAGCGGUACUGUGUCUGUAACCCGGUGCUGAUCCGGCAGUUCCAGAAUCCAGACACCAUCUUCAUCCUGGCCUUCGCCAUCAUCCUCCUCAACACAGACAUGUACAGUCCCAACGUCAAGCCGGAGAGAAAGAUGAAGCUGGAGGACUUCAUCAAGAACCUGCGGGGGGUUGAUAAUGGUCAGGACAUCCCCAGGGACCUGCUGGUGGCCAUUUACGGAAGGAUCCAGAAAUGGGAGCUGAGGACCAACGAUGAUCACGUGUCUCAGGUCCAGGCGGUGGAGAGGAUGGUGGUCGGCAAGAAGCCUGUGCUGUCACUGCCUCACCGCAGGUUGGUGUGCUGCUGCCAGCUGUUUGAGGUUCCAGAUCCAAACCGAGCUCAGCGGAGCGGCGUCCACCAGAGAGAAGUCUUCCUGUUCAACGACCUGCUGAUGGUGACAAAGAUUUUCCAGAAGAAGAAGACUUCAGUGACGUACAAUUUCAGACAAUCAUUUCCUCUGGUGGACAUGCAGGUCCACACCUUCCAAAACACCUACUACCCUCACGGUAUCAGGCUGACGUCGGCGAACCCUGGAGGAGAGAGGAAAGUGCUGAUCGUCUUCACGGCUCCGAGCCAGCAGGACCGAGCACGCUUCACCUCUGACCUCCGAGAGAGCAUCGCAGAGGUCCAGGACAUGGAGAAGUACAGGGUGGAGUCCGAGCUCGAGAAGCAGAAAGGUGUGAUGCGUCCAGGUGUGUUGACAGGGGGAGGACCAGGAGGAGGCGGGACGGCAGGGGCCAACGUUGGCUCCGGAAAGGGCGAAGUGGUGAACGGUACUCUGGGUAGGCCGAGCCUUGAUGACACAUACGCAUCUGUGGACGGACUUAAACGCACGGCACUCAGCUCCUCACUGAGAGACCUCUCAGAGACAGGGAAGCGAGGUCGUAGGAACAGUGUUGGCUCAUUGGACAGUACUAUUGAAGGUUCCAUUAUUAGCAGCCCUCGGCCUCACCAGCAGCGCCCCCUGCUUGCUGGGGGUCUAUCCUACAGCCCCAUGAUGGUACCUUCGUCUCCAGCAGCCUACCGGCCACACCGCCCUACUCAGAGCCCCGGUACAGGGGUGGGGGGUGGGCCGGGGCUCUGUCACAAUCAGGGGGGGAUCACCACCUCCCCACUCGUGAGCGGGGGAGGGGCUGGGGCCGGAGGAGGGAUGGCGGGUGGGGGCGGACCGACUGGCGGCGGCCUGCUGGGGAAUUUCUUCGGCAGCCGCAGAGGCAAAGUUCCUGGUCCCCUGACGAUGACGUCACCAACUCCUCAGGGUCCUCCGAGUCCCCUGAUGAUAUCAUCACCCCCCCAUUACCCCGCCCCCGCGCCUCCCAUCCCCCACCCAUCCUCCCCUUCCCCAUGCCCCUCCCCAUCGCCCAACCUCGUGCAGUCGGACUCGGGAGGAGUUGGAGGGGGAGGAGGUACGGGAGGGGGGCCUACCAAGCUCCAGGCUUUGCACGCUCAGUAUUGCCACGGCAACAGUGGAGGAGGAGGAGUCAGUGUUACUGGGCAUCAGCAGCAGCAGACACCGCCCCCACCCUACCACCACCAUCACCGCUACCACAUGCAGAACAUCCCCCAGCACCACGCCCUCACGCACAGGUUCUCUGCACCCCAGCGGCAGGGUCCGUCCGGCUGCGUUCCCUCUCAUACCCAGCAGCAUCAGAGGAUGCAACACGGCGUCGGCCAGCACCCCCGCUACAACCUGGGCUUCAUCACGCCGCCACCCCUGUCGCCACACUCCCCCGUAACCCCUACUACCCCGCACGGACUCUACCACUCGCACCCGAGGCCAGGUGGAGGCAGCAAGCUCCCGCUGACCAUCUCGCACUCCCAGCCCCACCCCCACGCUCACACACACUCUCACAACCACGUCGUGCACACACACUCCCCCCUCAGCCCCUCCCCCUCCGCCUCCCCCUCCACCCACUUCAUCUUCUCCACCCCACCUCCCCAGACACCCUCGGCGCGCCUCGUCACCCAGACACCUCCGCAGCCCUACGCGCCCCAAUAUCCGCCAAUCUCCUCCAUCCCACCUCCCCCUCCACACUCCCCCCUACCACCCCCAUCCAACGCCCAGCACUCCCUGCACCCAGGGGCGGGGGCAGGGCAAGGGGGCGGCCCCAAAUCGAAACCCGUCAGCAGGAUCAGCACGGUCGUGUGAGGAGGCAGAAGCGGAUGGUGGUCCGCCACCCCACAGUGAGCCACCGGGGGGCGGUCGUGAGAGGGAGCAGGAGAGGGAGGAGGAGAGGAGGAGGGCAAAUGCAGACGUAUCAAAAUGGCCGCCUAGUGAGGAAGAGAGCACUGAGAGCGGGGAGGAGGAAACUACUCAGCCUGUGUUAUUUUCACAUCCACUUCCCCCGCAGGUAGAAAGACUCUCACACUUACUGAAAGACGUUUGUUGGGCAACUUGUUCCCUGUCGGGGCUCCUGGGAAACCUGCCCAUGGAGUGACCACACCAAGAACGUAAAUCACGGCGUUUUCAGUCACUCAAAGCUGAAGACAAACUCCGACAUACUGGAAGUCCUGCCAUCUUGGUGAAAAUCUCCUCCAUCUUCCUUUCGCAGUGCCCUUCAGAGGUGGCCAAGAGGACACUUGUGUAGUUCUUGACUGGCAGAGGAAGUGUUCGUGUCAAAUCGUGAGUAAGAAUUGUGCGUUGCUGUAGUGGACAAAUGGUUCAGGGACCAGACGUGAAGGGAACAGUGCCUGUGAAUUUAAGACAAGGGUUAGCGCUCGAUGCUAACAGUAUGUACGGUAUUGGUCGAUGGGACAGUUCAGGCUUUUAGGAAGCCUGAGAACGCGACAAGUCCUUUUACUAUAUUCCAAAAAUCACACUAGUCUUGCACCACUUUGUUUUCUGCACAAGAAGCACUUGUACCAUUGUUUUGGUUGUCGACAUAUUACAAGCCAUGAGGUGUAACUGAGAGGUGGUUAGCAUUAUUAUGGUGCAGUUUCUGUGUCUUAGACAGGCAUGCAUGACCUGUGCAAUAGCUAAUGAGUGUCAGUGUGUCUAUGGUUGAAAUACUAUAUGCAGGGGGAGGGAUUUGUUGUAAUUUAAAGCCCCAAUCCAGCAUUUAUUUGACCAUGAAAAGUGCAUUAGUGAAGGUUACUGAAGACUUUACUUUCUACAAUAAACUUUUUUAAAGACUUUAAAUAAGCCAUCAUAACAAAAACUACAGGUGUCUUUUUACCUUUGUGUUUUGCAAAAAUUGCUUAAAGCCUUUAGUGUUUGUGGAUUACAGGGUUUCAGCAGGGGGCGCUGUGUUGUUGUCUUGGAUUGGGACUUUAAAAUAAGGAUUGUUGACAUUGGACAGUUUUCCCAAUAAUUUAUUCUUUAUUCAUUUGAUAAUUUAUACAAAAUCAGUGAACGCUCCCCUGAUAGUGUCCCAGUAUAUCUGAAAGUAUAAACCUAAAUUAGUCAGAAAUUAUAAUAUGUUUCAACUGUAUUUCAUGAUGCAUAUUGUAUGUGACCCUUUAUCUUGCUGGAGAAGGAGAAUACGCUAAAAGGUGCCAAACAGGGUGCAGUCUGGGAAACAGAGUAUUUUGUUUCACUGGCUUUUCUGCCUUUGAUAAAGUUGGGAAGAUGAAUAAAGUGUUAUAUUAAACAAUAUCUUCUUAUAAUGUAACACACACAAUUCUCAACAAGUAGAACACUGGAUAAGAAAAAGGAACUGGGUGGGAAAUUAAGUUUAAAAAGGUUAUAUUCAGUUUAGAAAAUCAGAAUUGUGCAUCAUCCCAACAAAACUCCCAAAACAUCUUUGUAUGAGUCAUUAGCCGAGAGACUGUAAUUGUCUGAAGCCUGAACCAUUUGUAUGACAUCAGAUCAUAAAAAAGUCCACCAAAAACUUUAAAAAAAAAAAGUGAAAGGAAGGAGGACAGAUAGCUUUUCCAGAUCAGAUAGAUGCAACGAAUACAUAAUCAUUAGCAUUGGUGUCAGCUAAUGUACAUGCACAUAAUGUAUAGGUACCAAAAAUAUUUUUCUAUCGGGGGCCAAGACUGGUUUUUGGUUGCAAGUAAUUUCAGCUCAACAAUCAAUUUAUCAGCAUUUGAAAAUUAAAAUAUGAAUCAUGCUUUUGUGGUGCUCAGAUUCAAUAAUUUAUCCCAAGAUGAUGCUUCAAUGCCUUGUUGUCUCAGCUUCACAUUGUCCUUACAGUAUCAUCAUCUUCUUUAAAAAGAAAUGUUGGUUAAUGAUGUUAAGGAUAUGGAACAUUUCAUGGUCCAGUGUGUGGGAUUUAGUGGCAUCUAGUGGUGAGGCUGCAGAUUGCAACCAACGGAAACUUUGGCUAAGCGUGUAGGAGAACUACAGUAGCCGAUGCAAGAAUGCAAGUGGCCCUGUCUACACCCAACGUUUGGUUUGUCUGUACUGUAGAAACAACAUGGCAGAGUUUGUGGAAGAGGACUCGCUGCAUAUGUAGAUCAGGCUCCCAGGAACGCCACUCAGCUUUUUCCUAGCAGCCUUUUGCAGUAUUGCAGUGAAAAAACUUUCCUGCAGCCCAUAACAGCAAUUUCCCCUUAGACCACCGUUAUAAAAGAGAUGUCUGUAACUGUUGACAGGACACCUUGGACUGCAAACAAGGUGUCUGUCUAUUAUGAAUAUUAUUUUUGCAGAAUUUUCAUCAAGCCAAGAAAUGCAAUUUCAGUGGGCCGCAUACACUGGAAGUGAUUCUGGAAGCUAGAAACUUCUCAUUCAGAUCUAAUUAUACAUCUAUGAUGUGGGUAUAAAUGGCUCAUUCUGAGGUAACGAAAUAAGAAUUCUUAGCCAGAUAAGUUAUAAUUUUGUUCUGUUGUACCUUUUUGUAGUGUUGUUUUCAUGGAUACAAGAGAUGCAUGAUAAUAUUGGCACAUCAUCAGUAUUGGCCAACAUGAUCUUUCUUAUUUUGCACAAUGGAUGAAUAUUACAGCCAUUGAAAAUUCGUAUUUCAUGUCUCCAUCUGCUGGUGGGCUGUCAUGAUAAGAGUGUGCAUGUAUAAUAUGAUGUUAAUUCCACUACAGAAGAGACUUGAUGAUCACUAACAUUAGGUGGGGAUCUAUCAAUAUUAGUACUGGUUAUCGGCCAAAUAAGUUGUCGGAUAUCUUACAUCCCUAACGAUACUCUCAAACAUUUAGCAGUAACCACACUACUCUUGGCUUCCAUUUUAAGCCUUUGGAAAGACACAGAAAUGUCUGAAAGGAUGAUUGCAAAAGCAUGCCCAGCCUUAUUUCACCAGUUGCAGACAGACAUGUUUGGCUAAUGAAAAAUAAUUAAUUUCCCACCCAGUUCAAACUGUGGUAUUUUCUCCUAAUAGGAUGUGAAAACUUCAAAACGUUUCUGGUGACCUUUAUGGUGAAAAAACUUUAAUCCCACUUUCACUACUUGUGUUGCAAAAUAGAGAAUAUGGUGCCUUCAGACGGAGGGAUGGUGCGACAUAAAAUGAUCAUAAGAAAUAAUGUUCAAGAACGACCUCCUUUAAAUAUAAAGACAAUUCAGCAUCUAAACUGGUAAUAUAUUGAUUGAUUGUAUCCACUCAGAACAAGAAACAUCAAGCCAUUUACUGCAUUAUUGAAAAUCUGGCUGAAGGACUGAGACCCUCGUCUCCCUCGUCAUUCGUCAAAGACACAAAGGAACCUGAAAACUGGACCUAAUUCAUCUCGAAGGACUUGCUAACAUCUCACAGGACUGAAGUGCAGAGUACAGUAUCUUUCACCAUCACGCAGCACUAAGUGAAAUAUUCUUGAACAAACUCAUUUUUACACAUUAUUUUUGCACUUUGUGUUGAACCCACCAUGCCAGUAUUAAAGUGUAUUUUCUAGCUCUCUCCAUCUGAUCGAGAUCGCUGGAUGUCAGGGCAGGACGCCCACGAUGGCUGAUAGAAAGUUCUUCGACCAUUUGAACUAUUUUACCAGCCAUUUGUACUUUUUGACUAGAAACAAACCUCUCAGUGCUUGUUGCUUUCCUGUCCAAGUGGCAGGUUUUGUCAGCCUCAUAUAAAUAUUUACCAGCGUUUAUCUGGUGGAUGAUGAGAAAGUCCUCUGAUGUUCUGAAUGCAAAUGACAUGAUUUUUAGUUUCCCUGUGAUUACGUGAAUGCGCCAUCUGUAGAUAUUAACUGUACAGUGUGUUCUAUUUUCAAUGGGGCCAACAGCAUUGAUCUGUAACUGAGGUUCAGAAUUGCUUGAAUUAACAAAAUGUAUGCUCUAAAAACCAAACGUUCAUCAGGGUUCUUCAGGCUAUUUGAGCAACUCCGGGUUCCUCUCUAGAUAAACUAACAAUAAAAAUCCCUUAAAUGUUUUUUGUAGAAGCCUUUUGUUUUUGUGGCUCGUGGAAACACCGUCAUGGAUCAUAAUCAACUGACGGAGUUCCUCAGGGAACCAUCUCGGGUCCCCUAUUGUUUUCAAACUGAAGAACCCCUUUGACUUUUUAGAGUGUGCUACUGAUAUUAUUAUCAAUAUUGUUGUGUGACAAGCUUCUACUAACAUAACGUACUCCUUGGGCUGUUUUGUAUUUUUAGCAUUUUUAAUUUUGUUAUGUGCUUACGAGUGAGAUGAUCUUUUCUUUUCUUUUCUGAUUUGGGCAUCUUAUGGAAGUACUAAAACCUUUUUAAUUUUUAAUAUGUUUACAACAAAACCAAGAAUUUUCUGUGACUAACAUACAACUAAUAUGUUUGAAUAUUUUUAAUACAGACUGUGAUAAUUACUUUCACUCACCCCAGCAUGCGUUCGCCAACACACACCUCUGAAUCAUCACAGAGCCUCAGCGAAGCCUCUCACCAACCUUUUAAUGGAAACAAGCAACACUUCUGCUACCAGGCAACCUUUUCAAACCAUACAAAUAAACAAUAUAUGCUGAGCUGCUAAGAAUUGUGGACCGUUGGGUCCCCAUCAUGUAUCUGCAAUCACCUCUGGAAACACGUACAGUAACACCAUGUCUCAUUCAGAAUAAAACAAUUAACCAAACACUUGAAAUAACAAAACAAAGUUCUCGAGGAGUACUGGAUCAAACCUGCCUCGCACGGGAUUACACAACAUGUCACCCUGUUCCACUGCGUGCCCGAGCUGAAUCAAGCACAUCUUCAAAGUUCCAGUUUUAAAGCUCCAUACCCGUGAUUCUGCAUGUUGUAGCCUAUCAGGUAAAAACUGUAUGUACUCUACACUGCUGCCAACCAUUUUCCAAAUAUUCCUUCAACUUUUAGGUGUGUUUCCAUUGGACAGACCUUCAUUUUGGUGUCAAUCUUGAGAGACUUGACCCUUCCUGUAGGUAGAUAAUUCGUUACUGUCUGUUGGGGGAACUGUAUUGCUUUUGCUUUUUCUAUCAUCAGCAGGCUGGAGCAGAUCCUGGCAGUGUUCACUGCUGGAGGAUGUCUGAGGCUGCCAUGAUCUUGGCCUCCUGGUGAAACUGUCCAACUUUGUAUCCAAUUUGAGUUGUGUACUUGGACCCCACUAAACCCACAAGGAGGUCUAGUUUUGUCUGUGUUUCCAACAAAAUAUCUUUGGACCGCAAAGACCGUUGAGACAGUUGAGAUUUGACAGUUGGUUGCAGAACAACAACCUUUCUAAUUCUCCACAAGUAGAUCUUCAUUGAAAUAAAACAAAAUGGCCUCCUGGAACAUAAGAAAUCAGUCUAAAAUGUAUUACAUGGUUUGCAGAAGUAAUGUACAGUGUGUGCAGUUUAAAACAUACAAAAACACAGGUAUGGUUCUUUAAAUGCUUAAUUUAAAUAUGUUGUUUUGUUUAAUUUUUUCUGCCCGGGCCUGCUCUCCACUAUUGGUUUGCAUGUGGUAUUUAUUACAGUAUCUGCACUGAAUGAAACUGUAUUAUAAACAUGAAUGUACAUAACCAUCGUUAUAUGAAAAAUAACAAUGCGAGUACUCACUUUGCUCCACAGAGGGCAGUUUGUGUGUGGCUGGGUUUACACCAGGAAUGGAAGAUCUGGUUUUUAAUGCCAACGGAAACAGAUCUGGUCUGACUGCUGCCGGCAAAACAGGGAACACUUUUAAAAAAAAAUUAAAGCACAUCAGAUCUGGUUCAAAUAAAGUUAAAGAUGUUGGAUCCUUCUGUUCCUGUGUAAAGGCAGUCUGUGUUGUGUGUAUCUAUACAAGGGCGAUGGACCUGGGUCUAUGUUGUACGUAACAACACAAUGGACCGCUUUGUGGAGAACAAUAUUUCUUGUUUAUAAUGUAGAGCAAAGAGAGACUGGAAUAGUCCUUGUAAAAUUGUAUGAGUACAGUGUCAAAUAUGUGUCAACAGAGACGACAUUAUUUUAAAAAUUAUGUAUGGAAAAUUUUAGCUGUGUAUAUAAAUAUAUAUUACUUGUACUUUGUUUUUGAAAUUGCAGAGAUAUGGAAAAAGUGGAAAUAUUUAUUGCUCUAAA